AUGGAAAGCAUUGUUUUAACACCAAAGAAUAAAACUGAAAAUUCUACUACAAUAUGGAUUGAAAGGAAGACAUUGAAAAACACUGAAAAUGAAGAUAAUAUUUAUGUAGCUGAGGGUCAACAUAAAGGAAUUGUCAUUAAUAAAGAACUAAAUGACAAUGUAAACAUUAUACCGCCAGAUCUCUCUAUUCAAUUUCAAGUAUUUUUAAUCAAUAAUGUUACUAAAAAACACACUCAAGAAGCGAGAACUUUAAAAUUUUGGUUUAAGCCGACAAUUCAAACAAAUUCAGAGAAAACAACAAUAGCUCAAGAUUUUUUUGGGGAUUUAAUUCAUCCAAAUACUUUUCCAAGAGAUUAUGUUAAUUUCAUAAAAAAAAUAAUGAAAUUACUUCAAAAUGAAUACAAGGAUAUUUUAAGAAUUGAAUUAACCCUAAAUCAAAUUGAAAGUUCUGAACAUGUUAAGCAACCUGGUAUAGUUACAGAAUCAAAUGCAAAAGAAAAAGUUGAAAUACUUCAAGAAAAAGUAAUAGAAAUUAUGGAAUCAUUUUAUCCGAAUCCUAUCACUAUUCAAGAUUUUCAUAGACUGUACAAUUUGGAUGAAAAAGAUGUCAGAAAUAUAUUGAAUAUAUUACAAAAAAAAGGAAUAAUAAAACCUGUCGGUUAUGAACAGUAUACUAGAAUGGCAUUACAUGAUAACGAAAUAAAAAUUGUAAAGCAAAUGCCAAAAAUAAUCAAUGAUCGACAACCAAGCAUAGCCAUAAUUACUGCGUUUUUUACUGAAAAAUUGGCUGUAGAUGCAACCAUAGAUGACAAAGAAACUUUUGUUAAAUACAAUACAAUAGGAGAAUCCAACGUUUACACUUUAGGAAAUAUUGGGGAACACAGAGUUGUAUGCACAAAACUACCUUUGGUUGGUCUUUCUAGAGAAGCCAUGAUAGCAGCUGGAAAUACUACUACCAGAUUAUUGGGUACAUUUCAAAAAGUAAAUCAUGUUAUAUUAGUGGGCGUAGGUGGUGGAGUUCCACAUUUUAUGAAUUAUAAUAAACACGUACGAUUGGGUGACGUUGUUAUUUCUCAUGCUACUCCAAAAUCAGAUACCAUUUUCAUACACUGUGAGGAUGCUACAGAAACAAGUCCAGGCUCUUUUAAAUUUCAAACUAAAGAAUAUCGUUCGAAAAAUUCAGUAUUGCAAACCGUGGCUGCUAAAAUUAAAAAUCAAUCUACAAUGAAUGACAAUAAUUUCAUUUGGAAGCAUUUGGAUGAAGGUUACAAAACACUGAAAACGUCAACAGAACAAGAAUUCAGUAGGCCACAUUCGAACACUGAUAGACUUUACAUGAAUGUUGGUGAAAAUGAUUUAAUCGAAGUGUCUCAUCCCAUACCUCAAGAUGAAGAUUUUAAAAGAGAUGAAAAUCGACCAAGAUUGCAUUUGGGAGUUAUUGGAACAAGUCGAGAAGUUUCCUGGUCCGAUCUCUGCAGGCGAAAAUUUUCUUCAGAACAUGACAUACUAGCAUACGUCCCUGAAUUUGAUCCUGUCAUACAAAGUAUCAUCGGAAAUUGUAGAGAUGGUUUUAUUUUUGUUCGAGGAAUAAGCGAUUAUAAAGAUGGUACAAUAAAAUCAAAAUGGCAGUCAUAUGCAGCUCUCGCAGCUGCUGCAGUUACAAAGUCAAUAAUUUUAGCAUUGGAAACUGACUUGGUCUGA